ACUGGAGAAGCGCAAAGAACGAAAACUGGUCUUUUCGCAGUUAUGGACUCUGGUGAAUUGCGGUAUAAAUUUAACAGCAAAUAUGGAUAACAUAAUAAUACGCAAAGCAAAACGUGAAGAUUGUAAAGCUAUUAGAAAUUUAAUACAGGAAUUAGCUGAUUUUGAACGUAUGCCAGAAGGACCUAAAAUUGAUCAUACAGUUCUAGAAAAAGAUGGAUUUGAUGUAGAACAUCCCUUAUUUAUAUGUUAUGUAGCAGAAGUUAAUGGAAAUAUAGUAGGGUAUACAAUUUCUUAUUAUACAUAUUCAACAUGGUGUGGGAAAGCCAUGUAUUUAGAAGAUAUAUAUGUAACACCCUUGUAUCGAAAUAAGCAUAUUGGAAGCAAACUGUUAAAAGCUAUUGCUACAGAAGCAACAGAAAACAAAUGUUGUAGACUAGAUUUCUCAGUUCUUGAGUGGAAUCCUGCACAAAAAUUUUACAAAGAUAAAGGAGCACUUAACUUAACAUUAGAAGAAGGAUGGCAUCAUUAUCGUUUUUCAGAUACAGUUUUGAACACCUUAGCUUUAGAUGCUUAAAUGCUAUUGUAUCAUUUACUUUCAUGAUACUAACUGAAUAAAAACAUGUGUUUUUACUA